AUGGGCCACCAUGGCAAGAGGCAUUGGAGGCACAAUGGUGCGCAUCUGAAAGUUCGGUCUGCCCUAGGUGCAGGAAAUGCACUCGUUGGAGCAGCCAUUGGGCAUGAAGACAAACGAGGGGGUGAUACGAAACCUAACUUGAAUCCUUUGGAGAACAUUGAUGAAAACACUGCCGCAAUGGUGACAGUUGACGAACAAGGACGCUUUCGUGAGGGCUCAAAUUUAAAAUAUUUACUUGCACGUCAAGCACAAGAAAGCCCUAGAGAUCCAAAUAUGGUGGUUUCAACUACAGUUUCUACGUUGCCCGCCACUGUAUCAAACUCAGUCACCAGUCUUGCAGAGACUGAUUCACAAAGUGUUGUCCCGUCAGCUCCGCCAAAUAACUCCUCGGUACUGAGUCCUGUAUCAGGUCCUGUGACUGCGCCGGCACCUUCAAGCACUAAUAUCACUGCCCCUGAAAACGGACCUGGAACUCCCUCACAGCCCCCAGAAGGCGAUCCUACCUCGCCGAUGUCUGAUUCUAGUGUCACCUCUUCUAACUUACCUACAUCGACCAUUGAUAUGACGUCUUCAAGCUCCGCUUCUGCAUCUAGCCCUGCGGCGUCUUCCCCCUCGUCAACAUCAUCCACAUCCGCAGCUGAGCAUGUCACGCGACCUCCUUUUAUCCUGUUGCCUAUAUCGACUCACUCUGCUUCCUCGGUUUCCACGCCACCCGUCAUACCUGUUGAGCGUUUGCCAGCAGAAACAACGCCACACCUAUUGCCAAUCACCACCUCUAGCCCCUUUUCAACACCUUUAUCAUCUUUGCCCUUGUCGUCUAUAUUCUUGGCUUCGACGUCGUCUACAUCAUUGUCACCCUCAUCGUCAUCAAUUCCUAGCAGCACAACAAUUACAUCAUCGAGUGCUAUGAUCAGUUCAAAGUCGGCUCUAAUGCCUACUUUUGCUAGUGACUUUGGUGGCAGAGGCGGAGGCGGAGGAGGUGGUGGUGGUGGAAACGGGGACUCGACUGCAACUGGCCGAAGUGGUACGCACACAUUUGUAGGCGACAGUCCUGCUGAUACCUCCGGAUCUCCCCCUGAUUCGACAAGAAGGGUUGUAGGUGGCGUGGUUGGUGGUGUUGCCAGUAUCGCUCUUCUCAUAACAGUAGUGCUCCUCCUUCUAAGAAACCGGAAACGAAAAACCGAUUUUUCCCACGAUCUCGCAUCAGGGGACAGGGGAAUAGCAGCAAUAUUACAUUCAGGAUUACCAGGUGUGAUGUCUGAACGUUCUGCUAGCACAGCUACUGGAGGAAGCGCCUUGGGCGCCACAACUCUCUUCAGCAAAUGGAGAAACUCCCAUCAAUCCACUAGGACUCUCGAACCACCACCUAGCAGCGAAAGAGGGUUUCACAAAGUGUCGGGGAGAAAAAUCACAUCAGUUCUAGAAUCUGGUGGUGAUGGAUAUGAUGACCCAUUCGGCGCAACCGGAGAGAGACUGUACUCCGAAACGGCCUCUGCCGAUGCCGGUGCUGCAAAUAAAAAGACUGGUUCACUCACAACGAUUGCCCCUAUUCUCCCCCAAUCCUCUCCGACCUUUCAAUCCCGGCCAGCCAUCUCUCACAACAAGAUGUCACGAAGGGCGGGGCCAAUUGCACAGCCUCUCACCUCCCCACCGUUCGGCCGCCCACCCUCACAAGAGGGUGAUUCCUCCCCACGUGUCGUCCUCCGCGCUUCACCGGCACGAACCCCACUAACCAGUUCAGCCGAUAUCGCUACAUCGACAACAAUGGCCUCAGCUGGCUCAAUUGCUCUGCACCCCCCGCCACACGAAUCGCUACCACGAUUACCCGUCCAUCAACGGGUUUCUGGCCAAGAUGCGAUAGGGAGGAGUAUGGCUAGUUCAGACGGCAGUCGUGCUAGUCGAUUUACAGAGGGGAUUUAAUCAACAGCAAAUGCUUUUUUUGUAUAGGGAUAUAUUUAUGGUGUUUUCCCAAUUUAUUAUAUACCUUAUUUGUUUUAUCUGAAAUGGCUAUAAAUGUUAUUUUGAUUUGGCGAUAUGAUAUUACUUAUAUAUACCAAACCAGCCGGAGUUAUUUUUUUUACAAAGGGUGAAUCGAUGUUUUUAGCGCUAUCUCCUCCUUCAUGUACUUAAAAUCUUUGGAUUAUUUCGCAGACUGUCAAACAAACUGCUCGAGAUACUUGAUGUCUGAUAUAUUAAUUAUGAAUUCUUGGCUAUAUCUAAUAGCUGAUGCUUCUU